AUGUUAGGUUGGGAUCAAUCAGUAUCACUGUUUUACAGAUACACUAAUGACCUUUAUGAGUUGCAAGCUUCGCGUUGGGAAUGGCGAAAACUACGCCCACGACCUCCCCGAAGUGGCGGUGCUGGUCCAUGCCCGCGUUUGGGCCACUCAUUUUCGCUUGCUAGCAAUCAGAUUUGUUAUCUGUUUGGUGGACUUGCGAAUCAGUCUCCUGAUCCAAAGCAGAAUAAUCCUGUCUACCUCGAUGACCUAUUCACUAUUGACAUCCGCGGUCCAGUGGGGUCACUUCAGUGGGAGUUGCCAGUGACCUAUGGCCCUCAUCCACCACCCCGAGAGUCGCAUUCAGCAGUUGUUUUGGAGUCAGCUAAUGCACGCCAGCUGAUUAUAUAUGGUGGGAUGAAUGGGUGUCGACUCAAUGAUCUUUGGAUACUACAUCUCGACACCAUGACAUGGGAUAAUCCUAUGACUGGAGGGAUAACCCCUAUUCCACGGUCUCUACAUACUGCCAAUUUGGUUGGGCACCGAAUGUACAUCUAUGGUGGAUGGGUUCCCAUGGUUGAGGACGGCAACGAUGCCGAAGUCAAGGAAUGGAAGUGCACGAAUGACUUAUCGUGCCUCAAUCUCGACACAAUGGUGUGGGAAAGCGUCUCUCAUGUCUUUGACGUAGAAAACCUGCCUCGAGCAAGAGCAGGUCAUUGUUCUGUAGUUAUCAACAAUCGUAUAUACAUUUGGUCCGGUAGAGAUGGCUAUAGAAAAGCUUGGAAUAAUCAGGUGUGUUGA